CCAUCACGUGGCCUUAUCUCCGCACUGGCAGGUUCACGCACUUUGACAGGAAUUUAAAAUAAGAACGGCACGCGACGCGCUUGAUUCGCCGCCACACACCUUCGUACUGGUGAAGGAAAACGCGCGCGACCGGUCAGUCGGUGCGCAACAACGAACACGGUCGGACGUGCGCCCGGCGGUCUCCGCCCGCCAAAACAUUUCGUGUGUACAUAAACGUGUGUGUUAUUUUCGACACCGGUGACUGUACCUCCUUGUGAAGAUACAAAGGAUUUGCUUCCAUACCGACGAAGAAGAGAAUGUGAAGAAUCAAGAAUACUCAACUUCAUUUAGUUUUUGGUGAAAAAUACAUCAAAUAAUCUUCAAAAAUGUCUAAUGCGGUGGAAAACGGCGUUCCCGUGAACGAUGAGAUUCGCGGAACCACCUAUUUUUUUUCCAGAAGUAGGUCGAGCGCUUCGCUAUGGCAACGGAUAAGUCUAUUCUUGUCCAUCUACUGGAAGUCGCUGAUAGUGGUGCUGACACCACUGAUACUGUUGCCCAUUCCGAUCAUGAACCAUGCCCCAGCUUACAGAUGCAUGUACGUGGUGCUCAUCAUGGCGAUAUUCUGGGUGUUGGAGCUGCUGCCUCUGCCGGUCACCUCCAUGCUGCCGAUCGUCCUGUUCCCCACCAUGGGAAUACUGAACUCGGACCAGACCUGUGCUGCUUAUAUGAAGGAGACAAACAUGAUGUUCAUGGGAGGGCUGAUGAUAGCGGCUGGCGUCCAGCAUUCCAAGCUUCCGAAGCGAGUGGCGCUGUGGACUGUCCAGGUGGUGGGCUGCUCGCAUAGGAGACUAAACUUCGGGCUGACCUUCGUGACGAUGUUCAUAUCGAUGUGGGUGUCCAACGCCGCCGCUACAACUAUGAUGGUGCCCAUUGUUGAAGCCAUCUUGGAAGUCUUAGAACAGCAAGGACUGGGUGACGUUUAUAUCAACAGGAAGAAGAACGCUCUCCCAGAGAACGGGAAAGACGUGAAACCUGCAAAGGACUCUGAAGAAGAGUGA